GAGAUGGAAAUUUGGGGGUCCUCAGCUUUCAAAUGAUAGUGAAAACCUAGGAGACUGGAUGAGCUUACCUAGGGAGUAAGUGUAGCUAGAAAAAGACAGUGUUUCUGGGCUUGAACUCAGGGUGUUUCCAUGAGCAGAGGAGAAAAGUGUGGAGGAGAGAAGAGAUUGUGUUUGGAUGUGUUGGGUCUGCCAGACUUCUCAGGCCUUUCUUGGGGUAUCCUGAGCAGGUAGUUAGCUAUCUGAGUCUGACAGAGAAGAGGUUAUGGCAGAAGAUGAUUAUGUGAGUUAUCUUAAUAAAGAUGUUUAGAGUCCCAGUGUUGGAUAAUGGCCCUAGAAUGGUGUGGGUGGAGAAGGGGGUGUUCAGUGACUCACUCCCAGGUCACCCCAGACACUGAGGUUGGUAAAAAUGAGGCUGAUCCAGCAAAGGAGGUUGCUGGUGAGGAAGGAAACACAUCUGCAAGCUAAGUGAAGGAAAGAGUGGAAAAGAAGGCUGGGUCCUGUCAAAUGCUGCCCGGAACGCAUGUAAGGCAUCAUGGACAGAUCUAAAGACAACUGCAUUUCAGGGCCUGUUAAGACUACAGUUCUACUAGGUGAUGGUCCAAAACGGGUUCCGGCGACUCCUCAAUUUGCUUCUCAGAAGCCGUUAUCUGCAAAUAGUGGCCAGGCCCAGCGGGUCUUGUGUCCUUUGAAUUCCUCCCAGCGAGUUCCUUCACAAGCACAAAAGCUUAUCUCCAGCCACAAACCGGUUCAGAAUCUGAAGCAGAAGCAGUUGCAGGCAACCGGUGUCCCUCGUCCUGUCUCUAGGCCUCUGAAUAAUACCCAGAAGAGUGAGCAGCCCCAGCCAUCAGCCCCUGGAAAUAAUUCUGAAAAGGAACUGGUGUCAAAACAGAAAAAUGAAGAAUCCAAAAAAAGGCAAUGGGCUUUGGAAGACUUUGAAAUUGGCCGCCCGCUGGGUAAAGGAAAGUUUGGUAAUGUUUAUUUGGCGAGAGAAAAACAAAGCAAGUUUAUCUUGGCUCUUAAAGUAUUAUUUAAAGUUCAGUUGGAGAAAGCAGGAGUUGAACAUCAGCUGAGAAGAGAAGUAGAAAUACAAUCCCACCUUAGGCAUCCAAAUAUUCUCAGACUGUAUGGUUAUUUCCAUGAUGCCACCAGAGUUUACCUAAUUCUAGAAUAUGCACCUCUUGGCGCCGUCUAUAGGGAACUUCAGAAACUGUCAAAAUUUGAUGAGCAGAGAACUGCUACCUAUAUCACAGAAUUGGCAGAUGCCCUGUCUUAUUGUCAUUCAAAGAGAGUUAUUCAUAGAGACAUAAAGCCAGAGAACCUGCUCCUUGGAUCAUCUGGAGAGCUUAAGAUUGCAGAUUUUGGGUGGUCGGUACAUGCCCCAUCCUCCAGGCGGACUACCUUGUGUGGUACCCUGGACUACUUGCCCCCCGAGAUGAUCGAGGGCCGGAUGCACGAUGAGAAGGUAGACCUCUGGAGCCUUGGGGUCCUUUGCUAUGAAUUUUUAGUUGGGAAGCCUCCUUUUGAGACAAGCACAUACCAAGAGACCUACAAGAGAAUAUCGCGGGUUGAAUUCACAUUCCCUGACUUUGUACCAGAGGGAGCCAGGGAUCUCAUUUCAAGACUGUUGAAGCAUAAUCCCAGCCAAAGGCCUACUCUCAAAGAAGUACUUGAACACCCCUGGAUUAUGGCAAAUUCAUCAAAAACCUCAAGUAGCCAAAACAAAGAAUCAACUAGCAAACAAUCUUAGAAUCUUGCCGGGGGAGGAGUCCUGGAGCCAUGGCUGCUGUUAUCUGUCAGGAACAGGCUGCUGCCAUUUGCCUUAGUGCUGCGUGCCUGCCUGUAGGCGAGAGUGCGACAGAAAAUGCAUUUUUCCUGAGCAGGCACUACCUCACCUCCCUCUCCAGAAGUUCCACGUCAGUAAACAUGACACUGAAGUGAAAAUAGCCACAAGAACCGUGCUGACUUCACUUGUUUUAUAAUCCAGAGGCUAGGUUCAACUCAGCCACCCCACAGCCUGUUUCCAGUAAGAUCACCUUGUGAAAGAUGAACUCGUGGUCCGAUUGUGGGCAAAGUCGUCACUUUGCCCAGACUCGAUCCUUUAUGAGCUGUGCAAUAACCUUCCAAGUACCUGAGUGUAUGUGUAACUUAUUGGGUGGCCGCACUUGGCAAAGCUGUCAGAAUGAACAUGUGAUUCUUUUAAAUGUUAAAAUAAAGAUUCUGUAUAGACUUGUA